GUGGAACAGCCUCCUGAAGGCGCUCCGCAGCCGGCGCCACUUCGCACUGGUCACCGCAGAUGCUGAAGAGCACUUCGAUCAGCUGCCAGUGUCCUUCGUAGAGGCCCUGCUGCGAUCCGACGAGCUGCCGGUGAUCAGCGAGAUCGAGGUCAUUCAGCUCCUCGCCCGCUGGGCGAAAGGCGCCCUGGCGCGGCAGGAGAAGCGAGCCCACGAGGAGGACUUGGACCGCAACUCCCACGAGGACGGCCACGAGGAGGAGAACGAGGGCGAAGCGCUCUUCGCCCCCGAGGCCCAGGACACCACCGAUGGCUAUUCAGACAUUGGCAGUGGGCAGAUGGGGGGCAUGCCCGCCGGCUCCGAUACAGAGAUGGUGCUGGCACCCAUGACAGAAAUCUGCAGCUGCGGCACGGCCGAUGGGGCGGAUGAAGACAUCAUGCACAAAGAGGAUUGCAAGGCUCGCACGCGCUACGAGAUGCUGCGGCUCCUGGGCUCGGUGCGGAAGAGCAACAUGCUGGUGCGGCUCGCGGACAUGGACCCCAUGUUCCAGCUCCUGGGCUUGAACCGCCUCUUUAGCAGCAAGCCGCCAAGGGAAACCUCCGCCUUGGACCCCGGUUUCGUCAUCUACCGUGGCGUGGCAGGGGUCAACACGCCCAGCGGGGUCUUUGGCGACCAUUCCAACAUGGUCCCUCACGCGUGGAAGGGCGCGAGCGUGUCCCUGGGCAGCCACGAAAUCCUGCAACAGCAGGAAGGAUUUAAGCCCAACCAAGUGCCUGAGGGCGGCACCAGCGUCUUCCCACGGCUUUGGGUUCGAAUCACCUGUUCCUCGUGGUCACACCGGGAGAAGCGUCCCUCGAAGAGCACCAGCGGCAGCCGGCACCAAGUCUCCGGCCCCCUUGGCUCGCAGAUGCCAGACACCUCCUGGGAAUCUGUGCCCACGCAUCUCAUGGGCAUGCUGCCGGUGAAUGAGGAGUCUUGCAAGUUCCUGCCGACUUUGAAGACCAUGCAGUCCCAGGACGACUGGGACAUUGGCCGCACAAAGACCUUGCGGCCGCCCAACAGCAUGGCAGAUCUCAUCAACACCGAGAAGAUCGAGCACAAAGUCGUUUGUGCAGUGAUCAGCGGGCACAUGCGUCACGGCAUCCGCAUCGGACAGAGAGAGCGGAGUUCCAUCUACGACAUCGAGGAGCUCUAUGGACAGAACGAGGAGGUGUGCAUUGGAGGCUCGCCCACGGAGGUGGAGUUUGAACUGCAGCUGAAAGUCCAAGCUCCAAGCCCCUGUGGCAUUUGCCGCUGCAGCCUCGCCCUGCUACAGCCCCCGCUGGAGCAGAGUGCGGAGCCCCUGAUGGAGGUCAGUUUUGACGCCUCCGCAGAGGAGCACCUGCACUUUUACAUCUCGUCGUCGUACUUUGACUCGAACAGUGCCUACACCGUGGCACUGAACUGGGUGCUCCGCCCUGGUUUGCGUCUGGAGGCAGAUAUGGACUCAGAUAAUGUUACGCCCACUUAAGUCCACAUUCCGCCCGUGACCAGAGCAUGUCAAGCCCAAACUUCAU